AUGGAUCCAAGUACACAAUGGAAAGAAUUAAAUAAAAAAUACUAUAAGUUUCAUUAAUUCAAUCCUAUAACAGGUGAACAAAAGAACCUUGACUUUUACUAUUAGCACAUAGCUGUGGCUAAAUGGGGUGGUCCUUUAGCAGCAACUAAAAAUUAUGAUUAGGUUAUACUUAUGCGUACAGACGAUAUCCUAAAAGAUUCCAUAGUAUUCUUUUCCAAUAGUGGUAAAAUUAUGUCACGAACUCCAUAUAAAGAGGCAGAUAAAGUAAAAUCAAAAUAAUGAAAUUAGAUUCCAUUAUUUGAUUUUCUUGAAGAUGAACAUUUGAUAUUACUCAAAACAAGUGGCAUUUAUUAUAUAAUUGAUCCUUUCAAAGGAACCAAAAAAAAUCAUGAUUUAGGUGAAUAAUUUAAGUUAAAUCCCAUUUAAAGAGCACUUGUUAUUAAUAAUGGAUUUAUAUUGAUGGCAAUGAACUUUGAAUUUUAUUAUAUUCAGAAUGCUCAUGAACCUGAAGUUUAGUAAUUUAAAGCAUCUAAUUUAACUUAAUCUCCAGAGCAUUGGUAAGUAAUACCUUCUCAAAAAUCUGCAAGUGGUAAAGUAGAAUUAGUGAUAGCUAAUCCAGAUGGAGGUAUUCUACAUAUAAUAGAGAAUGAGAAGUCUAAAAUUUAUUAUAAUAAAGACAAGAUAACAAGUGAAAUUGAUAAGAAACUUCCAGAUCUAAGAAAUAUUAAAAUGUUAUGUCUAUCACCAACUUUUAAAAAUUUAGCCUUGUUAUAAUAUUAUGGUUAAAGAUGGAUUAUGGCAUUUAUUUCUAACUAUUUUGAAUCUUCUGAGUAUCGUCAGAUGCCUAUAGAUUUGAAAGAGGAUGAUGUAAAAAAAGAUGAAACAGCUGAAAAAGAUCUCAGCAUUUUGGAAAGACCUAGAAUGAUGUUUUGGUGUGGAGAUGAUUGUGUUGUUCUAUAAUUGUAAUAAUACAUUGUUUUAGUAUCUCAAGAUUCUUAUACAAAAAUAAAAAUGAAUAAUUAGCAUUUUGCUAUGAGAUCUGAGUAUGAUGGAUUGAGAGUGUUAACAUAAAAAAAGAAUGAAAUAUUAAGAAAAUUACCUGAUUCAUAUAUAAAUGUAUUUGAAUAACUUUCUGUAAAACCAGGUGCAUAAUUAUAUUGUGCUUAUGAAUCUUUUGAAUAAAAGAAUCCUAUUGAGGAUGAUGAUUUAAGAAAUAGUAAAAGUCUAUUAAGUGAGGCUGUAAGUGAUUGUGUAAAAUGUGCAUAAUUUGAAAUUAAUCCUGAAUAUUAGAUAAAAUUAUUAAAGUCAGGAAAUUAUGGAAAGAUAUUUUUGGGAACUUAAAAUUUAGAUCCAAAUAUUUUUAAUGAAACAGCUAGAUAUUUGAGAGUUGUUAAUUCAUUGAGAAGAAGUGGUGGUGUUGGAGGAAGAGUAGUAACAUAUGAAUAAGUAUUAUAAUUAAUAAAAACUCCAGAUAUUAUGAUAGGUUUGUUAUUGAAAUAUAAUUUACAUUAUUUAGCUACUGAAGUUUCUCAUUUUCUUAAAUUUUAAAUAAAAUAAAGGGCAGCAAUUUAUACACAUUGGGCUUGUUGUAAAGUUGAAGUUCAAUAAGAUGAUGAUAUAUUAUGUGAUAUAAUUAAAGAGAAAAUUAAAGAAGAAAGAGGUGUUUCAUUUACUUAAAUAGCAUAAAAAUCAAUUGAAAUUGGAAAAUCAUAAUUGGCUUUAAAAUUAUUAGAUAAUGAAUAAAGUCUGUCUAAACGAAUUCCAGUAUUAAUUUGGAUGGCAAAUUUCUAAUCAGCUAAUAAUAAUAAUUCUUAUUAUGAAAAAGCAUUAGGGGAUGCAAUAAUUUCAAAAGAUUCCAAUCUAAUUUAUUUUGUUAUAAUGAAAUUCUUAAAAAUUGAAAUGAAUGAAACUUAUAAAUUUAAUACUCUCUCUCAAAAUCCCAUCUCAUAAGCCCAUCUAGUAUAUUAUUUAAGAAAUUUUGAUGAUAAAUAUUUGUAAAAAUAUUUACAAUAUUACAAGAAAUUUGAUGAAUGUGGUUUAUUAGCAAUUAAUUAAGCUUACUAACAAAAUAAUUUAGAUGAGAAAAUCAAAUUCUUAGAUUAAGCUUUAAAAUAUUUUGCAGAAGACGAAACUGACUAAUUUUAUAAGAGAAUUAUAGCUGAAUAAAUCAUAAUAUUAAAAGAUUUAAAAUCAGAAGUUGAAAAAGGUAGAAAGAAACCUAAUCAAGCAAUUAUGGAAGAAAGACCUAUUAAUUCAAUUAUGGAAGCCUUUUUCACAAAAGACAAACCAGAAUUUGCUUAAGAAUUUGCUAAAACUUAUAAGAUACCAGAUCGUAGGUAUCAUCUUUAAAUAUUAAUAGAAUUUAUUUGACUAAAGUUAAAACAUUAAUUAAUAAAAAGAGUUGGGAUGAAUUAGAUAAAUUUAUGUAAGAGAAGAAUAAAAAAUCUAUUAUAAUACCAUAUGAAUUAGUUGCAGAACUAUUGAUUAAAGGAGAUCAAGAGGAAAAAGCAAUUUAAAUUAUUAUGAAGAUGCCUGAUGUUGAAGUAUUCAUAUUGUAUUUUCUAGGAAUCUUGUAGAACCUUAAUUAAGAUUGGAUAAUAGAGUUCUGCAGUACAAGUUGCAAUUAACAAUAAAAAAAUCUAAUUACUUUAUGAUAUCAGGGGAUUAAUCUUUGAUAAUUCAGCCAAGGCAUUGCUAGAAACUUAUUUAAGCCAAAACCAAAAAUGA